ACUUUGUAUUUAUUAGUGUGACCGUAAUCAUUAUUAUUUUCACGUGUGGCACGCAAACGAGUCAAAAAACCAAGCGCCUACUUAAAUAAACAAGCCGCACGGCCAGCAGAGAGCACCCGGUGACCACCGGGAACGGGAGAAGCUGCACACAAACCGACAGCCACGCGAAACUCACCCGCUGAUUGGCGGCGUUCCCUUAGCCGGAACAGCAAGAAGAAGAAGCACAUGUGCGGCGUGCCACACAAAAAAAAACGAAAAUAAACAAGUAAGAAGGCCAGGCCAAGGAGAAUAACGAGAAUCCGCAUCCGGAGGACAUGGUGCCCAUCGGAGCCGUGCACGGCGGCCAUCCCGGCGUAGUGCAUCCGCCGCCGCAACCCCUGCCCACGGCGCCCAGUGGCCCGAAUUCGCUGCAACCGAACUCGGUGGGCCAGCCGGGGGCCACCACCUCCUCGAACAGCAGCGCCUCCAACAAGAGCUCGCUCUCCGUCAAGCCCAACUACACGCUCAAGUUCACCCUGGCCGGACACACCAAGGCGGUGUCGGCGGUCAAGUUCAGUCCGAACGGCGAGUGGCUGGCCAGCUCCUCCGCUGAUAAACUAAUCAAAAUCUGGGGCGCCUACGAUGGCAAGUUCGAGAAGACCAUUUCGGGCCACAAGCUGGGCAUCAGCGAUGUGGCCUGGAGCUCAGACUCGCGACUCCUAGUGAGCGGCAGCGAUGACAAGACACUCAAGGUCUGGGAGCUGAGCACCGGGAAGAGCCUGAAGACCCUAAAGGGUCACAGCAACUAUGUGUUCUGCUGCAACUUCAAUCCGCAGUCCAAUCUGAUCGUCUCCGGCAGCUUCGAUGAGAGCGUUCGCAUUUGGGAUGUGCGCACUGGCAAGUGUCUGAAGACGCUACCCGCCCAUUCCGAUCCCGUUUCGGCGGUCCAUUUCAAUCGGGAUGGCUCGCUGAUUGUGAGCAGCAGCUACGACGGCCUCUGUCGCAUUUGGGACACGGCCAGUGGGCAGUGCUUGAAGACCCUAAUCGACGACGACAAUCCGCCCGUCAGCUUUGUCAAGUUCUCGCCAAACGGCAAGUACAUCUUGGCCGCCACGCUGGAUAACACGCUCAAGUUGUGGGACUACUCAAAGGGCAAGUGCCUGAAGACGUACACGGGUCACAAGAACGAGAAGUACUGCAUAUUCGCCAACUUCUCGGUGACGGGAGGAAAGUGGAUCGUGAGUGGCAGCGAGGACAACAUGGUGUACAUCUGGAAUCUGCAGAGCAAGGAGGUAGUGCAAAAGCUGCAGGGACACACCGACACCGUGCUGUGCACCGCCUGCCAUCCCACGGAGAACAUCAUUGCGUCCGCGGCGCUCGAGAACGACAAGACCAUCAAGCUGUGGAAGUCGGACACAUAGAGUGGCUGGUAUCCAGCUGGAGGACGGGCGGAUCGGGAGGCGCAGCUGCUUUGGCUGCCACCACACAUACAUUUCUUGGAUAAUAUUAUUUUAAAGCAAACCGCCUAAUCGUAAUUGUAACACCCCCUUUUUUUUUGUACGCCUAAUUUAAAAAGAGGAACUCUAAAAUUCUACGUUUAAAUCACACUUUAAACCUCACAUUCUACGGCAAAAACGGAAAAAUCACAAACAAAAAACGAAAAAAAAAGGAGAAAACAAAAAAAUUAAUGUAUAAAUAUUUAUUAGCCUAUUUGUAUUGGCCACCAUGCAAGCGAGAAUAUUCCCCCCAAAAAAUGUUUGUAACCUUUGACACAGCCACACAAAACCCACAAAACUUAUGAUGAUCUUUCGGUGACGAGAAAACUAAAUUUAAGCAAACAAAACAUACAGGUGCUGGGGGCCAAAAUCCCAGCGCCAGAAAGAAUAUAUAUAAAAUACGAAAUGUAAAUUUUGAAUAAAAGAAAGCACGUACUCAGCGGCGCCCAAGUGUCCUUUCAACUUGAGCGCUUUUCGAGGCGAGUCACUUAACUGUAA